UAGUGCGCGAGACGCAGUUCUCAUUCAUCUCUUCAUGAAUGUCAGUUUUUUUUUUUUUGGAGGGAAGAAAAAUUCGUCGCGCAUAACAAGGAAAUAGGAAGGAAUAAUGUUUUGAGGGGCACAAAUCCAACAUUGCAACUUCUUGCUCGUGGCAAAUGAGAUAUUUCAAAAGCGUGCGGCUCGCUCACUCGCAGUAUCGUUUUUACCCACUGAAAAUUCGUCAAGGAUAUGGGAAAUUCGCAAGGAAAAAAGGACAAAUUUAGCAUGGCGAGUCCCGUGGUUAUAGCUGCCACAGCCAGGCACACGGCAACGCUCAUCUUUUUUCAUGGCUUAGGCGAUACUGGACAUGGCUGGGCCAGUUCACUUGGAGCUCUUCGGGCACCCCAUGUUAAAGUUAUUUGUCCAACUGCUCCUACCAUGCCUGUCACAUUGAAUGGAGGAUUCAGGAUGCCAUCUUGGUUUGAUUUGAGAGCAUUAGAUGCAUCUGGACCAGAAGAUGAAGAAGGCAUUAAGAAAGCUGCUGAAUCUGUACAUUCCAUGAUUGCACAAGAAGUAGCUGCCGGUAUACCUACAGAAAGAAUUGUUCUUGGUGGUUUCAGUCAAGGUGGAGCAUUAGCUCUGUAUAGUGCUCUCACAUUUCCUCAACAAUUAGGAGGAGUAGUAGCUUUAUCAACUUGGUUACCGCUCCAUCAGAAGUUUCCUAAUGAAGUUAAAGGCAAUAAGAACAUGCCUGUAAUGCAAUGCCAUGGGAAUUGUGAUCCUGUUGUUAAUUAUAAAUGGGGACAAGCAACUGCUACUCUUCUAAAACAAUUCAUGACUCAUACUGAGUUUAAAACAUAUCAAGGAUUGGGUCAUUCAUCAAAUGACGAGGAAUUGCAAGAUGUCAAAGAUUUUGUUGACAAAGUGUUGAAGCCUUAAUAUAUCAAAAGUGAACUAUAUCAAUCAACUAUUAUUUUACCGACCUGCAAUUUUUAAUCUCGAAGUUCUGAGCAAAUGAUUCCAGUUCUAUUCUAAUAUAAUUUUAGCGAAAUAACUAGUUAUUUAAAAUAAAACUGUUUCUUCGUUUCAUGAAGACGCGAUCGUAGAAAUGAGUCGAAAAAUUUGCCCUCAAAGAGUAAACUAUCAACUUUCUACUCUAAACUACGAAUUUCCAUUAUACUACAAUUGUACAUGAAGACAAAGUAUACCUAACGAUUGCUAGUGAAUAUCAAUAGAUAAAAGUAAAUUUAUUUCUAGAAAAAAAUUGUACUGUAAUAUUUUGUAAUGGCAAAAUAUUUUUGCAUUUCACGAUUACGAAUAAUAAGCUAUUCUAAAACUCUAAAA